GUCCAUUAUCCCCUGAAAGACAGAGAGAGCGUGAGAGCGUCAGUAUCAGUCGCCGACUCUUUCUGUCUCUCUCACUCUUCCUUACUGCUGUUCAUCCCCUUGAUACCAACCCAACACGACACAACAACUCCUCAUCACCCUCCCCAUCGACAUGAACUCAACCGUCAUCGCCACGCCUCAAUGCCCCCCCGGCAACUCGGACCUCUACGGCAUCGGCGUCCGCGUCGGCCUCUACGCCCAGUGGACGGCCACCCUGCUGGCGACGCUCUUCGAGCCGCGCACAGAAAGCACCUACCGCAUCGCCAACCUCAUCAUCCAGUGGUCCAUCUUCCUCGGCCUCUGCACCCAGUCCCGCCCCGGCGACUCGCUCAUCGGCGCCGUCAUCACGCAGUACCUGCUCUUCGGGUCGUUGUCCAGCCUCACGGGCGACGGCAUCAGCCACUUUAGCCACUUCUCCGGCAUCUUCCGCGUCGUCUUCUACACGGCCGUCUCCUCGUACGGCUGCUGGUUCUGGUUCCGCGGCAUCGACGCCAUGCACGUCGCCGCCGCCGCGUGUCCGGACAUUGCGUUUUUCGGGCGCGUCAGCCUGCACGGCUGGUUCCGCACGCUGGGCAAGGUCAUGUCAGCGGUUGGCGUCGUGCUGUGCGUUGCCUCGCUCGCCUUCAGCGUGUGGGCGACGGGGACGAGGUUCAGCCGCGGCUUUCGCGAGGGCUUCAAGAAGAAGGAAAAGGUGCGGCCGCGGGUGGAGCUGGCGCUGCUGGCGCUGUCGAUGGCGCUGAUUGGCAUGUCGAUUUAUCUGGUCGAGCAUCUCAUCUCGGUCAACGACGUUCAGGAGGUGGGCAUUGACGAGAUUGGGACCGUUGGGCAGCUGAUUCCGCUGCUGGCGGGAGGGCUGGCGUGUGGACUGACGCUGUGGAGGGUUGUGGCGCACCGGCUGUUUCUGAGGCCGCGGUGCUGGUUUCUGUUUGGUUAUCACUUGUAG